GAUUACCCUACGCGAGUUAAGCCUCUGUUUUCCAGGGGAAGCUUUCCGAUAAGGAGAAAGCGGACAGACAGUUGGAAGUGAUGUCGUUGGACACGACUGCCGAGACAGAUCAACCCUUGUUGGAGGCGAGCGGCGACGGCAGCGGUGGUCAUGGAGGAGGAGGAAGUUGGUGGCGUAAUGUUUUGGAUGUUGGAGAGGCCAAGAAUCAAGUUCUCUUCUCGCUGCCCAUGAUCCUUACUAAUGUUUUCUACUAUUCCAUUACUUUGGUUUCGGUCAUGUUCGCCGGCCACCUCGGAGAACUUGAGCUUGCCGGCGCCACCCUAGCCAAUUCUUGGGCCACCGUCACCGGCUUUGCUUUUAUGGUGGGAUUAAGUGGAGCACUGGAGACACUUUGUGGCCAAGGAUUUGGUGCAAAGUUAUACAGAAUGCUGGGAAUUUACCUCCAAGCAUCCUGUAUCAUUUCUUGCUUCUUUGCUGUUAUCAUAUCCGUCUUAUGGUUCUACACAGAGCCAAUACUCAUCCUACUUAAACAGGAUGCUCAAAUUUCUGAAACAGCUGCUCUCUAUAUGAAGUUUCUGAUGCCAGGUGUAUUUGCAUACGGUUUCUUGCAAAACAUCCAGAGGUUUCUUCAGACACAGAGCAUGGUAAUGCCCCUGGUCUUGCUCUCAGUGAUACCAAUGGUGAUUCAUUUUGGCAUCGUGUACGUGUUGGUUAAUUGGACAAGUCUUGGUUACAAGGGAGCUCCAUUGGCAGCUUCAAUCUCGUUGUGGAUAUCAUGUCUUGUGUUAGCAAUUUAUGUCAUGUCUUCGAAGAAAUUCAAGCACACAUGGGAAGGAUUCUCAUUUGAGCCAUUCUGUUUCAUCCUUACAGACCUGAGACUAGCCCUGCCCUCUGCAGCAAUGGUUUGUUUAGAGUACUGGGCAUUUGAGAUUCUUGUGUUCCUAGCAGGAAUUAUGCCUGAUUCAGAAAUAACUACGUCACUGAUUGCAAUGUGUGUGAACACAGAAACCAUUGCCUACAUGAUCACAUAUGGUCUUAGUGCAGCAGCAAGCACAAGGGUUUCAAAUGAGUUGGGUGCUGGAAAUCCGGAAAGGGCUAAGAAUGCCAUGGCUGUGACUCUCAAGCUCUCUGUCCUUCUUGCACUUGCAUUUAUCAUCACUUUAGCCUUUGGCCAUAACAUUUGGGCCAGUUUCUUCAGUGACAGUUCUUCAAUAAUUGAAAAGUUUGCCUCCUUGACACCCUUCCUUGCUAUCUCAAUUGCACUUGAUUCUAUACAGGGUGUCCUAUCAGGGGUGGCCAGGGGAUGUGGGUGGCAGCAUUUGGCUGUGUUGGCUAACUUGGGAACUUUCUAUUUCAUCGGCAUGCCUAUGGCAGCUGUUCUUGGAUUUAAGUUGAAGCUAUAUGCUAAGGGGCUCUGGAUAGGCUUAAUCUGUGGCCUCUCUUCCCAAACAGGCACCCUGCUGUUGAUCUCAUUGCGCAGAAAGUGGACUAGAAUUGACCUUUCUGAUCAAGCAGAUAAGGAAAUACCAGACUCUGUUUAACAAAAAUUCACAAAGUAGAAGAAAAACAAUCUAGAUCAAGACCUUAAGGCCUAUGGCAUCUGACAUUUUGCUUACACGCUUGAGAGCAGAGUAAGCAUUUCAUGAAUUACUGAGAUCGAUCAAACAGUUACAAUCAUCUUAUACAUACAAGACGCAUGUUUUCUUAUUUACGAUGUAUUCAUUCCUCAUUGAAAUUGAUGAAAUGAAAGAAGUGGGGAGUGGUGUGAACUGGGAAAACAACUGUGUGACUCUGUAUAAGUGCAUGUGUGAGGAAUGGGAAAAUGCCACAUCCUCCUCAUCUUCAAAAGAAAAAGGAUGUGUUCUA